AUGGGUACAAUUAAAACCUUGAGCCAUCCUCAGACUCACCCGGGGAUUUUGCACAACGAUGUCAAGGUCACAAAUAAUAUUACCAAGGUUGACAAACAUCAUGAAUUGAAGACGGAAAUCCCAGAGCACACUGCCCCAAAAUCUCCUUCACGUUAUAGCUAUCAGGUCAUAGUCUACUUUCAAUUGCCUCACUUAGAACUCCUCAGACUCGCCGUCGAUGUCGAUCCCACGUCGCACUACGUUCUUCUCACCAGCUCUACACCGACAAAGGCUGGUCUAACGGAACCCGCUAACACCACCAACACAACAGGAUCUACUGGGUGCUUUGCUUAUUUCAAUACCAAGCAAGGUUGCGCUAGUUCAAAUGGACGCAAUAACUGUCCCCCUAAAGUAACCACAGGGCCGGUAAAACAAGUAGAAAUCUGUCAUUCAGUUCACACUGACAACGUAACGGCAAAAUCACAAUCCCCUGUCAAAUCGUAUGAAUCCAAUGAGGUCAAAGAGAGCUUUUUAACAAGACGUAAAAUUUCACUUGGUACAGUUGAGCUUGAAGCCUCGCCGAACAAAUCAAAUCUCGGAGAUUUUACUGUAGUUGCAAACUCUUCGGAUGGGUCAUCACUUGAUUCAAACAUUGAGAUGUCCAGUGAUAAAUCACCCAACGAUUUCAACCUACCUCUCAGCUCGGGGAUAGGCUCGCAUUCUGUAGCAAGAGCAGAUUCCUCAUCUACACCCCCUCUAGCCAACCUGUCUAGCAAUGCCAAGACAAAUGGCAUGAAUGCCUCCCUCAGUCAAGGCGACGGACUUUCGGCUUCAUCAUCGCUAGAUUCAAAGACCUCACUGAACAAUUCCAACGUACCUCUCACUUCGGUGUCGGGAUCAAAGCCUGUAGCUGGAGUGGAUUCCUUGCCUACACCCCCUCAGACCAAUCUGACAAGCAACGCCACCACUGGCUCCGGUAUCCCGCCCAGCGACGCACCGAUUUCGAAGCCCCCGACAGGAGGUGUUUCAGACGCCUCUUCCUCGCGGGACGGAGUCGCUGAUGGAAGUCGUUCUUCGAAUCCAAAGAUCUGCAAGCCAUAUGAUAGUGAGACAGAAAUUGGACUCUGUCUAUGGUCUGGUGUAGAUCAGACUGGAAAGGAUCGUAAACAGAGCGGAUGGAUCAGCGCCUCUGCUGUGGAAAACUGUGGAAAGGAAAUUAUCUUCACGCGAACUGGCUCCACCACACAACCCAUCGUUGGAAAGUUGCUCGAUGGAUGCCAGUUAGAAGCUACUACACCCAGUGCUGGGUGCUCUCAAGUCUGGCUCACGAAAAAGGCUUUCAUGGCACUCAAUCCAUCUGCAGAAGAGAUUGCAAGCGAAACCUUGAAUGGGACGCUUACAUGGGAUUUUAAUUCUCAAACCAAUCCAUCUAAUAUGGCAGUUUAA